AGACUACCAAAUCCAUUCAUUCAAUUCAUUAGUUUCCAAAUCAUAGUCCAAGAGGGAAGUCGACGCAGCCGCUGUCGUAAUCGACAAGUGCCUUUUAUAGAAAUAAUAAUGUCUAACAGACCAGUAGCAUUCAAAAAUCCAUUUUCUAGGCCAUGGAUGUCGGAAACGGGCGCAGCGGCUGCGGCUGGCGAAAAGGCGAAGGGUUUGAAAGGUGUUGUGGCCGGCGGUAUCACUGGUGGCAUUGAAAUUUGUAUAACAUUCCCGACGGAAUACGUGAAAACACAACUGCAGUUAGACGAAAAAGGAGGUGCCAAGAAGUAUACGGGUAUAGCAGACUGUGUGAAGAAGACUGUGAAGUCACAUGGAGUCUUCGGCCUAUACAGAGGACUCAGCGUACUCAUCUAUGGAUCGAUUCCGAAAUCUGCCGUCAGAUUCGGUGUAUUCGAACAAGCUCGUCUGUACAUGGUGACAGAAGAUGGCACUCUCUCCACGACAGGCAAGCUGGCUUGUGGUCUGGCCGCUGGUGUGUCCGAGGCUAUCUUCGCCGUCACCCCUAUGGAGACCGUCAAGGUCAAGUUCAUUAACGACUUGAGGCUUGAGAAGCCCAAGUACCGAGGAUUCUUCCAUGGCGUCAGAUGUAUUGUGAGGGAAGACGGUAUCGGAGGUCUAUACAAGGGUGUGACAGCGACGGUGAUGAAGCAAGGCAGCAACCAGGCCAUCAGGUUCUUCGUGAUGGAGUCGCUCCGAGACUGGUACAAGGGCGGAGAUAGGGACAAGCAUGUGCCCAAGUACAUGGUCGCGCUGUUCGGUGGCGUGGCUGGAGCGGCGUCAGUAUUCGGUAACACACCGAUUGACGUGGUCAAAACUCGAAUGCAAGGACUCGAAGCUUCCAAAUACAAGAACACAUGGGAUUGUUUCAUCAAAACCUGGAAGUCCGAAGGUCCCUUCGCCUUCUACAAAGGAACGGUCCCCAGGCUAAGUAGAGUAGUGUUUGACGUAGCUAUAACUUUCACUAUAUACGAUUCAAUCAUGGAUCUUUUUAACUACGUUUGGAAGUAGAAUAUUUAUUUAGAGUCAGCCAUCUUGGCCAGUAGGCUUCGAUGAAUAGAGUCGGUUUUUGGUACGUCGUCCCGUGAUUAGAGUACCAGGCGAUCAUAUCUGUAGAGAGUUUAAAUUCAAAUGUAUUAUCACCACGACGUAUUGAGAACCGAUUCUUAACAUUAUAGUAGGUUAUGUGGCGGUAUAUUUAGAACAUUUUUUAAGUCUAUGUCUUAAAAUAAUGCCUCGCAUAUCGUUACGAUAUUUAUUUUUGACUUAUUGGUCUGAAGCUGAGAAUAAAAUCGAAAUGAAUUUCCUAAAGCGAUCACUGACUGUAAUUUUUAGUAUCGAAUUGACAAUAUAUCAAUCAAUAUUCGGUUGUUGUGGUUUUCCAAAAUGCAUUUUUAUAGAAAGUUAAUCUUCGCGUUUAUAAAUUACAUUUUGUAAUAGAUUCACGGAGUUGAUAAACCUACGGAACCAUAGAGUGUAGAACGCCGUCACAUAAAACCUAUGUUGUUAGACUCGUUUAUUUAAUGUAGCUGUACAAAAUAUACGGGGGCUGCGCUUGCGAUCUAUAUUUUAGUUUUAAGUGUAUUUUAUUUUUAAGCUUAUCAUCUGAAGACACAGAUCACAGAUUUACAUACAUAAAGAAAAAAUACGUAAUGAAAUAAAAAAUAUAUAAAUCUUCUUUUCUAUAAGAGGGCACUAUUUUACCCUUCAGUUAUAAGCAGAUUUUUCCAUCAUUACUGAAACAAUAUUUAUCUUAAAUCAGAGCCUGCUUUUUUGCAGUCGGAUGAUAAAAGAACAUGUAUUUUUGUCUUUGACGGUCUUCAGAGAAAUCAAAAAUAUAUUUUCAUAGGACUUACUUUGAAGUAGGCUAUUGUUUUUGUGUUGUUAAUAUAAUGUGUUGGUUAGUGAUCGCAGGCGCAGCCUCUGAGGUCACUGACCUUUGCGUCGAGCAUUUGUAGGAUAUAUUGAAUUGGCUAAUUGUGUAUGCGGUACUAAGGCAUCAUGUGUGUGUAGUAGUAGUUUUGAAAUCACUUUUAUAUGGCUCUAAAUUUUAUUACGUAUUUUUACUAUUUAUGUGUGUUUGGUACUAGGUAUUUUUCAUUAAUUUGUUAUCGAUUGUGCUAAAUUUUAAAAUUUAAUAGGGGUCUUAUAUCCUUGGGUGAUGUAAAUGAAAAAACUGUUACUACAAACACAUUGGCCAAAGCUUCCCCCCAUAAGGGAUGUAUUAAAAUAGUGUAGUUGUUGACAUGAACCAGGGUUUUUUUAUGUAUAUUGAUUAUAUAAUAUUUGAUGAUUUUCAACGAAGCGGGAAUUAUGUACGUGAUUUUAUUUACCGGGUUUUAUAUGGCUGUAUUAUUUAAUAUUGUUUAUUCAUUUAUGGAUGAUUUAUUAUAUUAUAUUUUUAUGCGUUUUGCAAUGUACCGUAUGAUCGACUCUUUCUAGUUGUUAUGAAGUAGGUUCCAAAAGUUUUAUAGAUUGUUACUGUACAAAGUAGAUUUUCUACAAUAUUUUUAUAUACCUGAUUAAACCAAUGUUUGUAUGAAUUUUCUAUGAAAUGUGCUGGUUUAUGGUUUUCAUAUUUUUCUGUAACUUUCGUGUGAUUGUGCACAUCAACUUGCUGAAAGCUAGACAGUCUAACAUGUAUAAAAACUAGAAAAUAAUACUAAUAUAGUACUAUUUUGUCUCAAACUCGAUUCCCGAGUGUUAUAAAUUGCCAAACGUAAGAAUAAAAUGUCUUCAGCCUUUUUUAUAUUGAAGAUCUGGGUUUUAACGGGAAUCGAGUCCACAAAGGUUUGUUCCAAAUAUGCAUUUCAAUAACUCUUUUUAAGAAUCACAUUUAAGGUUUUAUAUCAAGCAAGCUUGUCUAUGGUGUCUUGCAUUACCUUAAGAUAUCUUAAAAGGACAUUCCAGAACUUCCACAUUGACGCUAAAUAUGAUUUUGUUAUUUUGUAUCAUUUCAGUUCUUGUUGACGUUGACAUGUUUAUUUAUUUAUAUUUUUUUCUUUUAAUAAAAUUGUCAGACAAUUUAAA